GGUGUCAGGUGGGGAGCUGUUUGAUCGCAUUUUAGAUAAGGGGGUUUACACCGAGAAGGACGCUAGCAUGGUGAUAAAGCAGGUGCUGCAGGCUGUCAGCUAUCUGCACGAAAACAGCAUCGUACACAGGGACCUUAAGCCUGAGAACCUGCUGUACUAUAACACAGACGAGAAUGCGAAGAUCAUGGUGAGUGACUUUGGUCUGUCGAAGACAUUGGAGCACGGCGUGAUGUCCACAGCCUGUGGUACACCGGGAUAUGUUGCCCCUGAGGUUUUGGCCCAGAGACCCUACAGCAAAACAGUGGACUGCUGGUCCAUUGGAGUUAUCACCUACAUCCUGCUCUGCGGCUACCCUCCAUUCUUUGAAGACAACGAGACGCGUCUGUUUUCAAAGAUCAUGAGGGCUGAGUACGCUUUUCAUUCACCUUUCUGGGACGAUAUCUCCGAGUCAG